AGGUAUUCGCUUGUCGCGUUGCGGUGCGUGUGCCUUCUACAAAUUGACUUUCAUCGCCUCAGCUGUCGGCGGGGCGAGCGCGUGCGGAACAAUCGCGCGCAGCGGCAACAGCGCGAGCGCGAGCGCGGGGCGGCGAGGCGAGGCGCGGGUGGCGGCCAGUGGGCACACCGGCGGCAAGACGGACAGCGCGCGGCAGCCGGGGCCCGCGCGCAGCGCCUCGGGGCGGACGCCCGUCCCCCCGCCGAGGCGACGCUGGGUCCCGCCCUCCUCGCUGCGACACCACGAUGUGCUCGACGGAGAUGCCAAGCACGACAUCAUAUUCCGGAAGGUUCGCGGUAUCCUCAACAAGCUCACACCCGAGAAGUUCCAAAAGCUGAGCGAUGACUUGCUCGGGCUCGAGCUCGACUCGGACAAGGUGCUCAAGGGCGUCAUCCUUCUCAUCUUCGAGAAGGCGCUGGACGAGCCCAAGUACUCGUCCAUGUACGCGCAGCUGUGCAAGCGGCUGAGCGAGGAAGCGCCCAACUUCGAGCCGCCCGGCCAGCCCUGCACCUUCAAGCUGCUGCUGCUCAACAAGUGCCGCACCGAGUUCGAGAACCGCGCUCAGGCCUUCGCCGCGUUCGAGGACAAGGCCCUGAGCCCGGAAGAGGAGGAGAAGCGGCAUCUCGCCAAGUGCAAGAUGCUGGGCAACAUUAAGUUCAUCGGCGAGCUCGGCAAGCUGGAGAUCCUGGCGGAGUCGAUCCUGCACCGAUGCAUCCAGAACCUGCUGGCGCGGCGCGCGGCCGCCGACCACCACGAGGACCUGGAGUGCCUGGCGCAGCUGGUGCGCACGUGCGGCCGCGUGCUGGACUCCGAGCGCGGCCGCGGCCUCAUGGAGCAGUACUUCGCGCGCAUCGAGACGCUGUCCGCGUCGCGCGAGCUGGCGCCGCGCAUCCGCUUCAUGCUGCGCGACACCGUGGAGCUGCGCCGCGGCGGCUGGGUGCCGCGCGCCGCCGUCAGCGCCGAGGGGCCCGUGCCCAUCCACCAGCUGCGCGGCGACGACGAGCCGCCGCGGCGCGAGCGCGAGCGCGACCGGGAGCGCGAGCGCGAGCGCGACUCGCUGUUCCGCGGCGGGCUGCGCGCGCGCCCGCUGGACGACGUGCUGGCGGGCCUGAGCCUGCAGCCGGCCGCGGCGCUGGUGCCGCCGGCCGACAAGCUGUUCGGCAACGGCUUCGCGCGCGACGCCUUCCGCCAGCGCUCGGCGCCCAACUACUACCCGCGCCAGCAGCCGUACAAGCAGGCGGCGCCCAAGGAGGCGGGCGGGCGCGCGGGCAAGGCGCGCGUGUACGCCGUGGGCGCGGCGGCGCUCAGCGACGUGCAGAUGCGGCCGGCGGCCAACUCGCUCAUGUUCACCGCCAACCGCCUGUCGCGCCCGCCCGCGCUGCCGCCCGUGCAGCCCAAUAUGCUGACGCCGGCGUUCGCGAGCGCGCCGCCCAUCAUAAAGGAGCCGACUAUCACUAUCAAACCCGCUCCAGACAAAAAGGAUAAACCUAAAAAAGACAAGGGCGUGAACAAGGAGGAGGCGUGCCGGCUGGCGCUGGAGGUGACGGAGGCGCUGGCGGCGGAGUGCGGCGACCCGCGCGCGCCGCCCGACGACGACGCCGGCUGCGCGCCGCUGCGCCGCCUGCAGGAGCUGCAGCUGCCCGACAAGGUGCGUGCACUAGGAGCGUGCCGGCGGGCGCUGGAGGUGACGGAGGCGCUGGCGGCGGAGUGCGGCGACCCGCGCGCGCCGCCCGACGACGACGCCGGCUGCGCGCCGCUGCGCCGCCUGCAGGAGCUGCAGCUGCCCGACAAGGUGCGUGCACUAGGAGCGUGCCGGCGGGCGCUGGAGGUGACGGAGGCGCUGGCGGCGGAGUGCGGCGACCCGCGCGCGCCGCCCGACGACGACGCCGGCUGCGCGCCGCUGCGCCGCCUGCAGGAGCUGCAGCUGCCCGACAAGGUGCGUGCACUAGGAGCGUGCCGGCGGGCGCUGGAGGUGACGGAGGCGCUGGCGGCGGAGUGCGGCGACCCGCGCGCGCCGCCCGACGACGACGCCGGCUGCGCGCCGCUGCGCCGCCUGCAGGAGCUGCAGCUGCCCGACAAGGUGCGUGCACUAGGAGCGUGCCGGCGGGCGCUGGAGGUGACGGAGGCGCUGGCGGCGGAGUGCGGCGACCCGCGCGCGCCGCCCGACGACGACGCCGGCUGCGCGCCGCUGCGCCGCCUGCAGGAGCUGCAGCUGCCCGACAAGGUGCGUGCACUAGGAGCGUGCCGGCGGGCGCUGGAGGUGACGGAGGCGCUGGCGGCGGAGUGCGGCGACCCGCGCGCGCCGCCCGACGACGACGCCGGCUGCGCGCCGCUGCGCCGCCUGCAGGAGCUGCAGCUGCCCGACAAGGUGCUGCGGCGCGUGAUCACGUCGGUGCUGGAGCACGCGCUGGCGGCGCCGGGCGGGGCGGCGGGCGGGGAGGCGGGCGAGGGCGCGGCGGCGGCGGAGGGCGCGCGCGCCUGGGCCGCCUGCGAAGUCGUGCGCGCCGUCAAGCGGGCGCCGGUGACGGAGGCGCUGCGCGCGCUGGCGUGCGGCGCGGCGGCGGUGGAGGAGGCGGCGGGCGCGCGGCGCCGGCUGGUGGCGCUGCUGGCGGCGGCGGUGCGCGCGCGCGUGCUGGCGCUGGGCGAGCUGGGCGCGUGGUGCGAGGGCGGCGCGCACCACCCGCUGCUGCUGGACGCGCUGCAGGAGCUGCGCGCGCUGCUGGGCGAGGAGCGGCUGCGGCGGCUGCUGGACGACACCAAGAUCGACCUGGGCUCGUACGCGGUGGCGGCCGAGGGCGCGGCGGCCAUGGAGGCGCUGGAGGCGCGCGGGCUGGGCGCGCUGGUGCCGCAGCUCCGGCUGCAGGCGCAGCUGCAGCGCCAGCUGGCCGCCGAGCCCGCGCCGCAGGCGCUCUACCGCUGGAUCAAGAGCAACGUGGAGCCGGGCGUGCGCGGCAACGCGGCCUUCGUGUCGACGCUGGUGGCGCUGCUGGCGGGCCACGUGACGGGCGCGGCGGGCUCGGCGGCGGCGGGCGCGGACAAGGCGGCGCUGGAGCGCGAGAAGGCGCUGGUGGAGGAGUACGCGCCGCUGCUGACGGCGCUGCUGACGCGGCCCGAGCUGCAGCUGGCGGCCGUGUACGCCGUGCAGGUGCACGCGCACCGCCACCGCUACCCCAAGGGCAUGCUGCUGCGCUGGUUCAUGUACCUGUACAACCUGGAGGUGUGCGAGGAGGACGCCUUCCUGCGCUGGCGCGAGGACGUCACCGACGCCUACCCCGGCAAGGGCGAGGCGCUGUUCCAGGUGAACACGUGGCUGACGUGGCUGCAGCAGCAGGAGUCGGAGGACGAGGAGGCCGAGGACUAGAGCCGCCCUCCGGCCGCCGAGGACUAGACGCCGGCACCGCCCUCCGGCCGCCGACUAGACGCCGGCAUCGCCCUCCGGCCGCCGGCACCGCCCCUCCGGCCGCCCACCCCCCGGCCGCACCGCUUUUAUUUCGCGCUCAUCUCAUAUAAAUAUAAUUAAGCCAAAUAGUUAAAAAUACCUACCUUUGUUACCCUUUAACGCUAGACCCGCCGCGCCCGGCGAAUCCAGUGUUAAAUAGGUCAAUUUUUAGGUUAUACUACGUAAACGAAUAUUAGUAUCUCGAGAUAAUUUUUUGUAGGCCUUUUACUCGAUUUUGAUACUUUUUACAAAUGUAUACAAUGUAUAGUGUUCGUUUGGACGUAUGAUUGCACCCCGAUCUGCCCCCUUCCUGCAGUGAGCGUUUUAGUUGAAAUUGUAAAAUAUAUAUAUAUAUGUAUGAAGAACUUAAAUCAAUUUUUAUUAAUAAUAUCAUGAUCAUUUAUUUUCAAUGCUAAAUGGACUUAGUGAUAAACUGUAAGAAUGCUUAAAUUUCAUUGUAUUAUCAAAUUUUAGAAUUUUAUAACUAGAUAAACAAAAAACGAAAAAAAAAAAGCUAAUAAUUCCCUCGGGCAUAAGAAAUGUAUGUUGAGUGAGUUGUAAUAAAGUUGUGAAGUGAAGCCAGGUUGAGAGCCACAUUGGUCAAUAUGUAUUGUAUUCACGAUGAGAAAUAAACUUCAGUGUAAUUUAUUACUGAAAUGGUUUUCAUUAUUUUUCAAAAUGUUCUUUAGGCACCGUGACGGUAGUGUUUAAUGCAUUGAUUUUACUGGCGGUAAUAAAAAUAAAACUUAUUGAACAAACAAAAUUGAAUAAAAACCGAUUACUUUAA